CUUUUCUACAUUGCCAACCUGUAUUUUCUCACCACUGACCCCUUGUAAUUUGCCACGUUACAAUUUGGGUCUCAAUAGAGAUACCCUUAGUCUUUCCUUUUUAAGGGACUCCAUCAUCACUCCCUACUGCCUCUUACCUAAAGCCUCACUCCUUUUUCUCCCACCUUUCCUUUUUGCUUUUCUUCACUACAACCCCUUCUUCAUUUACCCACAUAUUAUAUAUAACAUUUGACACUCAACCUUGAUUUCUUCAUCAUUAGGAAAUGGCCUCCUUUUGCUUUCUCUUACUACCCAUCAUGAUCAUGUAUUUCAUUGCUUCAUCACCUUUGCCAUCUUUAGCUUCUCGGCUGAGUUCAGAUACCCCAACGAUAUCAGCAUCACCAGUAUCAGUGUCGGAUCCUCCAUUGUCCCCUUUCCAACCAUUAUCACCUGAUAUUGCUCCUUUGUUGCCAUCUCCUGGUGGAGUGGUGCCUACUAGUGGCUCAUCGAUGCCAACCAUCCCUUCCACCCCAAGUCCCCCUAACCCCGACGAUUUCAUCGCCCCCGGUCCAACUUCCGCGUUCGAACCGUUCGGACCAUUGCCGGUUUCUUCUUCAUCUCCAAUAUUUUUGCUUUCGUCUCUACACUUGACAACUUUUUCGGUUCUGGUAGUACCUUACUGCUUACUGCACCUACUGUAAAUUCAUUUGUUGAUUGUAAUACUUUACUCUUUAAUUUGCUCAUCUUCCUUCAUUUAUUAUUAUUUUUUGUUUCAACUGCCAUGGUGCAUCAUUAUAAUGUAUCUAGCUAGCUACUGUAAUAAAAUCCGAACUACAGUGUAUGAUUGAGAAUCAUGAAUCAUGUGUUGUUCUUCGCUAUUAAAGCUAUCAUGGCUUUUAAAAUCCUUUAGUGAAAACUUUGAAUUUUAAAA